AAAAUGCCUCCAGCUGCAGUAAUAGUACACCUAUGUCUACAUUCCAGAACCUCCACACAGUAAAGUACAGCCACAUCGUAGUACUUUCAAUUCUGGUUGAUAAAACUGAAAUCCCAUAACCUCUAGCUUAAAAUUUUUCAGGAUUAGGCUAGUGUGAGAAAUAAGUUUGAAUAUUAUUAGAAAAUUAUGGAAUUACUGUUUGUGUUCAUUAUUUUAAUCACUGGUAAUUUUCCUUUGACACUAGCAAAAUCCUCUGCCUCUGCUUGAUAAACCACACCCAAUUUACAAAUAGGAGCAAGAAGAAGAAACAGUUUUCCAACAUGCCUAUAGUCUUAACUGUGUUACACAACAGGCAGUUCAUCAACAAGGAAGUCAAAUGUAUUAUAUAACUCAACUUGGAAAUGACAUUACGCUCAGCUCCAAUUGACUAAGCAGUCAGAGUCAUGGAUUGGUUUGCAUUAGUUUGGUGUUUCUCACUCCUGACAGGUUUUCUGCCUCCUUACAGCGUCUUCACGACAGCAGACAACAGCACAAUUUUAGUCACUGCAGUCAACACAACGAGCGACAAUACAACAUCUAGCCCGCCGGACAGAAACUCUACUAAUAUAACUCCACUCACUUCAACUGCAUCCCUCAUUAUCACAAACAGCAGUGCUGCAACUACAUCAACAAGUCUCACCACUUCAGCAUCUACAGUUGCUACAGGUUGUUCGGGUCCACCAGAUCUAUGUUGCCCAGGGCGCAACGACUCCUGCUACAGAGGGUGUUUCUGUGACGAGAUCUGCGUGACAUUGGGUGACUGCUGUCCUGACUAUAAUUCAACCUGUAAACAAUCAAACAGUACAACACUUGCACCACUUAAUGUGACCACAACCUCAGGAUCCAGUCUUUCUUCAACAUUUUCUCCCACCUCUAGUAAUUCAGCUAUAGCGAUUGUUCGCCUAAAAGUUUCCUUACUAUCUAAUUCUGAAGCCAAAGAACGAGCGAUUUUAGAAAUUUCAUCUUUUCUUCAGAGACUUGUCCAGCAGAGAUGUAAUGGCUGCGCCGUGACGGUAAAACCUGUGUGAGGCUUUGGACAAUUAAGUAAUUAGAAUGAGGCAACAUGAUGAUGACAGACUCCAACACUCACAAUAAAAUCUAAUCAAACCGGUAAAGCUAAUUGAUUAUUUCAGAAUUAAUAAGGUGACAGACAUUUGUUCUUAAGUUACCAGUAUAUGCAUGUUUCUAAGUUCUUAUAAUCAGGCCAACAAAAGCUUAUAUUUAAGGAUGUAUUACACAGUUAUGAAUAUUUACCAUAUAUAGAGAUAAAGGGUUUUUUUAGGUGGAGGUACAAGAUUUUUUUUAAAUAAAGUUUAAUAAUGGAAUGAUUUUUUUAAAAAAGAAAAGAAAUUCUGACAAUCAUUUGACAGAAGAAUAACUCACCAUACAAAUCCAGUCUGCGCGGGUCAAGGAACGAGACACACUGCCAAACAUGUUUGCAAUCCUCUAUUUUUUUCUGUGUUACAUUAAGUUGUGGAAGUUAAGCGGCUGCAAUAAAAUUAUAACGCAUUAUUUAAAAUGAAAUUUUAGCAGUGCCAUGAGAAUUUUCCAGAUGAUAUGUGAUGUAAUUACAUUAAAGUAACAUGUAAUAUAUAAUUCCUUUGAUCUGGUGUAAUUUCUUCAUUUUUUUAAUUCCUCACCUGCUAAUAAGGGAAAUCAAG